AUGCGACCGCCUUCUUUCUCUGGUACAGAAGGACCCCUUGCAGCAGAGGAAUUCUUGAAGGUCACAGAGACUAUUCUCACGGUGACCCGUAUUGCCCCUGCUGAAUGGGUGGACCUCAUGGAUAUUCAGCUUACCGACACCGCUCGGAUUUGGUGGACUGCAGAGAAAGCUCAUUUGGAGAGACCAAUUUCGUGGGAAACCUUCACAGACCGAUUCAACAGGAAGUACUUCCCUCAGUCAGCUCGGGACGAGCUUUUGCGAAGAUUUGUGGAGCUCAAGCAAGGAGGGCGAACAGUAGAUGAGUACGAGGCCGAGUUUUCUUCUUUGAGCCGAUAUGCUCCCCACUUGGUUGCAGACCCCACUAUCAGGAGGCAUCAGUUCCAGAAGGGCCUGGAUAAGUAUAUCAGGUUUGCUCUAGCUGGUAGAGCACUUGCGACGCAUGAUGCAGUGUUGGAUGCAGCACGCGAGAUCGAGAGCGUUCAAAAGGAACCUAAAGACCUGCACGUGAUUCGGAGCAGGACACCAGCAGCUCCAGCCCGAGAUGGCGAGCGUCCACCUUCGAGGCAGCAGCAAAAUCCACAGCGACAGCAGUUUUCUCAGCGCCAGCCACUUCCCCCUGUGCAUCCCUAUCAGCACCCUGGAGUGCAGACCCGCGGCCAGUCUUCGGUGAGGUGUUCUUAUUGUAGAUACCCUGGGCAUACCGAGCAGGAGUGUCGCAGGCGUCAUCAUCUGUGCUAUGCAUGUGGAUCCUCCGACCAUAUCAGUCGAGACUGUCCACAGCGACAACAGGCCCGCUUUCCCCCACCUCCAGUUCGAGCGGCUCUUCCAGCUCCACCUCGAUAA